AUGCUUCAAGAGGCCAAGCUUCUUAAGACGGGAAGAUCAACCUGCGUCGACCCUCAAAUAAAUCUUCUUCUUCAAUGCCCCCACGCACCAAUAAUAAGGGCAGGAAAAGCGACAAAUGGCCUCUUCGUCGCCCCUACCAGUCCAAUUUUCGUCGACCAAGGGCCAACUUUUCUCGCUCAGCAGCCAAACCAGGUUAUCGCUCCCAACUCUCUGCAGCUAAGGCAACACCCUCUAGCUCAACCCACUUCUUCAAGACGCAGCGGUCACGAGGACCCAAGAGACAAUGACUCCAACAUAACCGCUUACCUCCUGUCUCACCUGCUCCGGGAUCGCCAUGUGAAUAAGCGGACAACCUAUACGGACCCUCGUCUUGCUUUUGCUCAUGAAGAUUGUGGGAGACCUGACGUUAUAUCCCAACGGUUUGAUGCUUACAGUUCAGCACUUGGUGUGUUACAGGGCAGAGAUCUCUCUGACAAGUAUGCAGUGGUAACAGGGGCAACUACAGGAAUUGGAUUUGAAACUGCCAGGUCACUUGCACUACAUGGUGUUCAUGUAGUCAUAGCCAGUCACAACCUGAAGAGUGCCAAUACUGCUGCAGGCAAAAUCAAAGAGGAACUUUCACUGGCUGAAGUCAGUACUAUGAUUCUUGACUUGGCGUCUUUCAGAAGUGUUAAAGAAUUUGCUGACAGCUAUAAACUUCAGGGUUGGCAGGUGAUUGGUCUGAUGCGACUGAUGGCUGCCAAAAAGUACCCUUGCAUGCCUGCAACUUGAACAUGUAGCUACAUGUAUUAUCAUCAAUUCAGACUCUCAGCUGUGAUGACUGAUUAACCUACGUGUACCAAAUUAUUAUUAUUAUCUUGCUCUGUAAACAAUGGCAUGCAAGCUUGCAAUUAUCCUCAAAAUAAAGUCUGAAAGGUAAUUGUAAUAAUUGCUAUUGUAAGAUUAAAGAUGCUAUGUUAGAUUUUUGGCCGAUUUGACCCCAAAAUUUUGAUUUAAAAUUCAAUAGGUAU